CCGCCUGCGCCUGCGCACAUGGCUUAGGCCGGCGACUGUGGAAGGCGCAGGGAGAAUGCAUAAGCUCAAAUCAUCUCAGAAGGACAAGGUCCGCCAGUUCAUGGCAUGUACUCAGGCUGGCGAAAGAACUGCUAUCUACUGCUUAACACAGAAUGAGUGGAAACUAGAUGAGGCCACGGACAGCUUCUUCCAAAACCCAGACUCGUUCCACAGGGAAUCGACACGGAACACGGUAGACAAGAAGAAGCUGGAGCAGCUGUACAGCAGAUACAAAGACCCACAAGAUGAAAACAAAAUUGGAAUUGAUGGGAUCCAACAGUUUUGUGAUGAUUUAAGCCUGGACCCUGCCAGUAUCAGCGUUUUGGUCAUAGCGUGGAAAUUCAGGGCAGCAACUCAAUGUGAAUUUAGCAAAAAGGAAUUUGUAGAUGGCAUGACAGAGCUUGGGUGCGACAGUGCAGAGAAGCUAAAGGCUCUUCUGCCAAGACUGGAACAAGAGCUUAAGGACACAGCGAAGUUUAAAGACUUUUAUCAGUUUACCUUUACCUUUGCUAAGAACCCUGGGCAGAAAGGUUUAGAUUUAGAAAUGGCUGUUGCAUACUGGAAAUUAGUACUAUCUGGAAGAUUUAAAUUCUUAGAUCUUUGGAACUCAUUCCUACUGGAACAUCACAAAAGAUCAAUUCCGAGGGACACUUGGAAUCUUUUGCUGGAUUUUGGAAACAUGAUUGCAGAUGAUAUGUCUAACUACGACGAAGAAGGAGCAUGGCCAGUUCUUAUAGAUGAUUUUGUAGAAUAUGCACGGCCAGUAGUCACAGGUGGGAAACGCAGCCCUUUCUAGGCAGAAAAUUAAGAUGGAUUGAGAUUAUAAAAUGAACUGUACCCUGCGAGGAGACCCACGUGUGCAGCUGUGCUCUCUUCAGAAGCUGGUCCCCUGUGCCCAGUCCUGGGAUGGAAUAGCCAUCGGCUCUGCUUAAGGACAUGGAGGAGGUUUGUGCACUGUGAGGAGGUCCUCAGAAGAUAGCCGCUUUGGAAUGUUUGGAGAUUUGUCAUCGUAGCUGUUGCUUUAGGAGAUUUCCACAUGAUUUUCGUAUUUACAAAAAAGUGACAGAGCCCGUUUUCAGGAGUGCAGAAUAUGCUGCUUUAGUUCAUGACUUAAGGCGAACACCAGCAGUCAGCAAACCUCCUGCCUACUCUUACUGGAAUAUCACUUAAAACAGUGUUUGCAUCCUCAGCAGGAUGUUGUAUUUUUAUACAAAUCAAAGAUGUUAAAAAUAUGCCAUAAGGAAGAUAAUCUUACCACAGAGUCUAAUGUUUUCUAAACUUAGUGCCAGUAAUUCAAGAUUUAUAUUUUUUGAUUACCAGAUACAUUUUUGUUUUUAUUUUCUCUAGAUGUUCAUCUGAAAUUUAUUUUAUCGUUUUUGACACACAUUGUAGUUUGCACAGUGAUGGCAGGUACAGUGGCUCCAGCAGAGCCUUAUCUUAAACUGCGUACAACUGUGGGCCCAUUUUAC